AUGAUAGAUAUUGGUGUUGCACAGAUCUCACACACCGGAAAAGGAGAGUUCAAGCGGCUCAUUAGCUUGAUAAAGAGCUUAAUAAUCCCAAGAAUUAGAGAUAAGAUACCAUACAAUAAUUUCGCUCUAAACGGUUCUAUCUCUACGAUAUCUGACUCAGGCCAGAAAUUGUCAAUACCAUUUUCCCAACGACUUCCACGGGUAACAGCACAAUUUGGUAUUGAACGGAACGAAGAAUCUCAGCAACUGCUUGGGAACUGGUGA